UGUCUCCACUUGCGCUGCUUUAAACUAGUUCAGCUUUAAACAUGUUUAGAACUUAAACAUGUUUAGAAAAGAAGCGUCUCCACCUAUUGCGCUAGUACCGGAACUCUAGAAUAUUAUCCGGGAUUUCUUCUUUGAUCACGAUGUCCAAUUUGCACAAUUCGUGGGUGGAAGCCUGUAAGAAUGCGUUGGAGUGCAACACAUCCAUUGUAGACAACACUUUGGUUUUGGGAGAGGGAAGUUCGAACUCUGGGGGAGAAAGGCGUCGCUCUCCUAUGUGGACUGUGGAUGAAACGAUCACCUUAAUUAAUAUCUGGGGCCAGAAUGAAAUGCAAAGGAGGUUACGAGAAAUGGGCAGAAAUCGUCCAAUUUGGAACGAUAUUGCAAGGGAACUAGAGGACAAUGGCUAUUUUAGAACUUGGGAACAGUGCAAGAGCAGACUACACAAUUUGGAAAGUCGUUAUAAGAAGAUUAAAGACGGGACAGUAAAAAAACAGGCAGGGGAGGGGUUGUGUGGCCUUACUUUGAUAUCCUGGACAAGAUACUAGGGACAAGGAGAUCAGUUGCUCCAGCUGUUCUAAUUGGGAGCAUGCCAGUAGAUGAUGACGGACAAGAAGAAGAUUCCAGUGUGGUGGUGCCUGACAGUGACAAAGAAGACAAUGCCAGUUUUUCUAGCUGCAAAUUAGACAGCGAAGAAAGUACCGUCAUGAUCUCAUCCAGGUCUACAUCUCAUGAGCAGACACCUAUUAGUAGGUCUGGAGUUGAGGAUGAAGAGGAAGGCUGCAAUACAGAAAGGGAUGUUGAUGCCACUGUUGCGUUGAAGAAAGGGAAAGGAAAACGUAAAAGGACUGAUGACACAGGCAGGACUGCGGGACAAAAGAAAAUGAAAGGCAGUGGUACAGAGAAGAAAACAAGGAAUGAGCACCUCGUACAAUUACUGACCACUAAACUCAAAGAGAUGGAUGAUGAUAUGUUGGAAAAGGAGGCAGCAAGAAGAGAGAAGGAGGAGGAGAGUAGAAGGCAGUGGGAGGAAGAACAGGAUAACAAAAGAAUGACAUUCAUGAAGGACAUUAUGCAUGGCUUCUUUGAAGCCAUGAAGAAAUAAACCAUUGAAGUGUUUUUUGUCAAA